ACCACCUCUCUCUCCUGUGCACAUGUUUUUUUUAGCUCAAUCCUUUGGCUUUGUCAGCCACUCAGCUCCCAUCGCCCGCUAUAUAUACACAGAUCGCUUGCUCUCUUGCUUUCUCCCUUCCCUUCCUGCUUGUUGACGAUUAGUUGUGAGAUUCACUCCACACCCCUCCCCGUUUCUACAUCGCUCCCCAGCUACCUCGGCUUCGUGCAAUUAACAGCGGCUAGUGUAUGCACGCCAGGCAGCAUGGCGGAGUGUAAGCGCGGCGACGGCGGCGGCAUGUCGCCGUCUUCGUCCAUGGACAGCAGCACCCACCCGGUGCUCUCCACGACGUCGUCGGGCUGCCGGCCGGCGAGCCGGCGGGACCUCAGCACCGACCUCCAGCUAGGGCUCAGCCUGUCGCCGGCGUCAUCCUCCCUCCUCGUCGCAGAGACCAAGAGCAUCCCUUCUACGCCAAGGAACCAAGUACUCCCUGAUUGGCCCCCGAUCAAGCCAUUCCUCAGAAGCGCCCUGACGGCGUCAGCACGCCGACGGCGGACAUUGUUCGUGAAGGUGUAUAUGGAAGGCGUUCCAAUCGGUCGGAAGCUGGAUUUGCUCUUGCUGGAUGGGUACGACAGCCUCCUUGCCAAACUACGCCACAUGUUCAAGACUCCCAUCACCUAUGCUGAUGUUAUGGAGUACCAUCAACGAAUUCCCCGCGAGAAGGCUGCACAUGUCCUCACCUAUGAAGACCAGGAUGGAGACUGGAUGAUGGUUGGGGAUGUACCUUGGGAGCUCUUCCUUGCAAGUGUAAAGAAACUGAGGAUUGCAAGAACAGAUAAAUGCUAGUUAGCAAACUUAUUCAUGCGGUGGGCUUUAUAUUUCUUUCUUCUUUUAUAUAGGUUCAUUGAGAAAGAUUUUGCUGAACAGAGUGGGCAUGUGAAGCUGAGGCUAUACUAACUGUGUACAGUAUACUUAAGAAAAUCAAACCUGGCUACCUCCCUAGAAAAAUUAGAAUUCUGUAUUUUAUAUGCUCCUUUAGUCCUUUUCUGUUUCUUCAACUUGCCUUGUAAAUACCAUGGUUAUUCGUUGAAGAGCAGAGAAUUUGUAUUCCAAAUACUGUAAUCCAAUAUAUAUAUUUUCUUGCAAGUACAUAGUAUUUGCAAAGCUUUUCUUGUUAA